AAAGAGCCUUGGUGAGUAGGAACAAGAAGCUAAAUUUAUAUAUAAAUACAUAAAAGGCCCCCCCUUUAUCUUUGCUCCUCAUUCCACCCCUCUCUCUCUCUCUCUCUCUCUGCAACUCGCUUUCUCUCUCUUGUCCAUGUGAUUCGAUCUCCACAAUUAUCUCCAAAAACCCAUAACCUUUACAAAAGAGAAAGAGCAAGAACCAUGGUUUUUUCUUCCAUCCCAGCUUAUCUUGAUCCAGCCAACUGGCAACAGCAACCAAAUCAUCCCACUGGGACUAGUAUUGCAGGGAGUUCGCAGCUUCUUCCGCCACCCCCGCCGCCGCCCCCACAACCUCAUGGGGGUGGCGGCGCGGGCUCGAUCAGGCCCGGCUCAAUGGCCGAUCGAGCCCGGAUGGCGAACAUACCGUUGCCGGAGGCCGCACUAAAAUGCCCAAGAUGCGACUCCACCAACACUAAAUUUUGCUACUUCAACAACUACAGCCUCACCCAGCCUCGCCACUUCUGCAAGACCUGUAGAAGGUACUGGACCAGAGGUGGUGCUCUUAGAAAUGUUCCUGUCGGAGGAGGCUGCCGGAGGAACAAAAGGAGCAAAGGGAGUAGUUCAAAGUCUCCGGCUAGCAGCGCCGAUCGCCAAUCGGGUAGUGCUGGUUCCACCAGCUCAAUUCCUUCUAGUAGUGGCACCGCCGAUAUGAUAGGCCUGAACCCUCAGCUGCGUUUCAUGGCUCCUUUGCAUCAACUUUCUCAUGACUUUGCUGCCGGGGAAAUCGGCAUGAACUACGGCUUGAAUUACGCACCAAUGGGAGUAGCAGGUGACUUGAAUUUUCAGAUAGCAAGUGGUAGUGGGGGUGGGGGUGGUGAUGCUGGGUCCUUGUUAUCAGCCGCCGGUGUAGAGCACUGGCGGUUGCAGCAAGCUCAGGCGCAGUUCCCCUUCUUUGGUGGCUUGGAUCCUUCGCCGGGGUUGUUUGCCGGUGGUGUCGAGGCAUCCGGUUAUGUAGGGGGAACGAGUCAGGUCGGCCGGCCCAGGCCGUCUAGUUCGGCUGUUACCCAGCAGAUGGCUUCAGUGAAAAUGGAAGAUAAUCAGGGGCUGAAUUUGUCAAGACAGUUCUUGGGAAUUAAUCCCGGGAGUGAGCAAUACUGGAGUGGUACUGGUAAUACUGCAUGGACAGAUCUUUCUGGUUUUAGCUCUUCUUCCAGUACAAGGAACCCCCUAUAGAAUUUCGCUACCUUGUGGUUUAAUUAAGCAGCUCGCCGCGUGAAGCUUUGGGUUUUUGUUAGUGUGGCUGCAAUAUUCAAAGAAAAAUUAGCUUUAAAGACAUAUUAUGAUCAUAGAUAUCAGACUCCAUAGCGUGCAACUUUUAAGUCCCUUGUCCAAGAUGAUGAAAUUUGAGCUGGACCGAAGACCUUGUCUCAAGAUCAACUGAAAACCCUAGAAGUGGUAUUUUUUUUUUUUUUUUUUUGGUGUUCUUUUGGUUCCUUCCACUUAGCUUUUUUUAUUUCUUUUUUCGUAUCAGUUUUUAUUUCUAUUUAGCUUUAGAUUGCAAUGUAUGAUCAUGUUUGCGACAGUGAUCACUGAUCAGCUUAUGAGUUCAUGGAGUUUUGAACCAAUUAAUCGUACAUGUUCAUGAAAUGGAGAAUAUCAUCAUCUACCUUCUGUGGUA